AUGACAAUGAGCAAGAUUUCUGAAAGUUUUGUGAUUAUUUGUCUUCUUGGUUUAACCAGUGUGACCUAUGUGACACUCGGCAACUCAGGUAUUGCAGGAAAGCACGGGAUUUCGAUGGCACAAUCGUCAAAUCAAGGGCCUUGCAUCUCUGAGGUCGUGGCUUCGAUCUUCAUGACAUUUAUGCAGUCAGUCUAGGCUCUUAUUAGUUAGCGUUAUUCUGUGUUUUAUUAAAAUACUCAGUGGUUCCUGGAAUUACUACUGAAUUAAGAUAAGUCAGAUAACAGUACACUGAUGUAAGCAGAUUUGUGAUUCAUUCUCUCCUGUGCUUCCAUGGUUUUCGGCUCCAGAACCUCUGGUUUUGUUACUCACAAAGAACUAAACCUUCGAUCAUAACUGUGCGUGAUCACACAUGGGUCGUAUAGUCUCGACCAACUUGAGAAGAUGGCGAUUUUGCUCUGUGGUGUUAUCGAGUUUAAAUUUAAAAAUGAAAAGUGGCAGUCAAAGGCGCUCUAGUAAAGGUUAAGCUGCGCCUUUCCAUCUCUUCAUACUGACGUGGAAAAGUUAUUAGCACCCUCUGAACCUUCGAACUCAACCUUAAAAUACAAUAAGAUUUCUCUAGUUACAUUUUAAACAUGAAAUACAUGUAACAAUAAUAUGAAUACCCGUGAAUGAGUGCAUGGAACACGCUCGUGUGUGAACGUAUUCUUAAAAUACUAAUGGUAAUACUGUGUUAUUUAGAAUGUAAAUCUCCACUUGGUAUGGCAGAUGGCAGAAUUAAAGACUCACAGAUCACAGUCUCUAGUUUUAAUAGAGAAGCAUAUGGUUGGCAGGCUCGUCUACACCAAAAUAUCGAAAUUUGGAGAGCAUGGUGUCCAGAUGUGUGUGGAGGGAAAAAAACUGAAAAGAAUUACGACCAGUAUAUUCAGAUUGAUUUGUUAAAUGUGACAAAAAUCACAGGAAUUGCAACACAAGGACGAGAAUAUAAUGGAGGAAGAGAAAAGGCUAAGGACUAUAAACUAUCAUACAGAAAAGAUGGUGGAGUGUGGCAUUUUUACCAGGAAAAAGAUCAAGAUGCGAAGGUAAAUUUGAUAAAGAUGUUUCAUGAAUAGAAAUUCUGCAUGAAACUUACACCUACUUAUAUAUCUUUGAGACCUUAUUAUGUGAUCCUCUGAACCUAAAAGUUCAGCGUGGGAUGCUAAGAUGUUUAUCUACAUGUUGCUCAUAUUAGUUUGCGAAUAAACACAGCAAGCAUAUGAUAAAUCAUCCUGAUUCGAGUGUUAAAAAUGUCUACUCUGUUUCAGAUAUUUCGUGGAAACAAUGAUGUAUCCACUGUUGUACGACAUGAUCUAGACCCUGCAAUUAUGGCGAGGUACAUCAGGGUUCAUCUAGGUUAUUAUACGGGUACCAAUGCAUGUAUGAGGCUAUAGAGCUAUAUGGUUGUGUGGUUGAACAAAAUAAAACAGGUUAGUGGGUUAACCACAAUCUUUGCCCAUGUGUCUUGCUAUAUGCCAUUAAAGUACAAUGCGUCUAUAUGGCCAGCUCUUUGUAUUGUUAUUUUAAAUUUUCCUCUGUCUAACGUCGGAAGAUUUUACUCAUCAAGAGGAAAGUACAUAUUGGGAAUUAUAAAAUAGCAAACUUAAAUUAUUCGAAUUAGUUUUAACUAUAUAUUAAUCAUGUUUUAACUCAUUUUAUUAGCACUAAUAAAGAUCCAGGCUUUCAGAUUGAAAGCGCCAAUGAAUAAACGUAUUGGUUCCACUAACCAAUGAAAAUAUUAUAUUAUCGUCAUGUUGACAAAUAUUAUAAGCAUGCAUAUAAAUAUAUUUUAAUGUCAGUUGUACAGAUUACCAAGACUGGUACUGGAAUACGUACAGAUAACAGUACACGUUUACACAUUUAUACCACAAUUUAUGCCGAAACAAAAGCUGGAUGUGAAGGCAAGUAUAUAAAUGUCAUGGUGGGUUUGAACAAUGGCGCUUGAAUAUACUCAAUGUUCUGAUACAAUGGUGUGACCCUUUGACCUCUGUGACUGGGGUUCAAUUCCUGCAAUAUUCAGUUGCCUGAUUUCAAGUUCAUCUCAGUCAUAUGUGAGAAGAGUGCUUUCAGUUUGACUCUACCAAACUGACUGCAGGUUUUCUCUAGUUUCCUCCUGUAGUAACCCUAUGAGAUGAUUCUUACUGGACCUCUAGGGAAAACAGUUUAGAACUGAUAGAGCUAUCCAAUAUAAAUACAGUUAGUUUAGUUUAGAUUUCCUCCUGUAGUAACACUGGAUCAAUAAGAGAUGAUCCUGACUAGACCUCUAGGGAAAACAGUUUAGAACUGAUAGAGCUAUCCAAUAUAAAUACAGUUAGUUUAGUUUAGAUUUCCUCCUGUAGUAACACUGGAUCAAUAAGAGAUGAUCCUGACUAGAUCUCUAGGGAAAACAGUUUAGAACUGAUAGAGCUAUCCAGUAUAAAUAAAGUUAGUUUAGUUUAGGUUUCUUCCUGUAGUAACACUGGAUCAAUAAGAGAUGAUUCUUACUAGACCUCUAGGAAGAACAGUUUAGAACUAAUAGAACUAUAAUUCAGUAUAAAUAAAGUUAGUUUAGUUUAGGUUUCCUCUUGUAGUAACACUGGAUCAAUAAGAGAUGAUCCUUACUGGAUCUCUAGGGAGAACAGUUUAGAACUGAUAGAGCUAUCCAGUAUAAAUAAAGUUAGUUUGGUUUAGGUUUCCUCCUGUAGUAACACUGGAUCAAUAAGAGAUGAUCCUUACUGAACCUCUAGGGAAAAUAGUUUAGAACUGAUAGAGCUAUCCAGUAUAAAUAAAGUUAGUUUAGUUUAGGUUUUCUCCUGCAGAUGAUUCUUACUGGACCUCUAGGAAGAAUAGUUUAGAACUGAUAGAGCUAUUUAGUAUAAAUAGAGUUAGUUUAGGGUUCUCCUUGUAGUAACACUAGAUGAAUAAGAGAUAGUAUUUAUGUUCUCUUAUUUUCCCAUUAAAUUUAAUUAUUAGAGAACUCAACAAAUUCAAUUGCAAUGUUCUUCGCGGGUGUUGCUGUAACCUUAGCCAUUGUACUUAUUGUCUUACUUGUAAUUCUACUAUACAAUAAACGACACCAAGCUUCGACGUUAUCGAGCAGCGUUCUUGAAAUAGACACAGUUGAAAUGCAAAAUGCAACAGCACCAUCGUAGAAUAAUCAGGUAAGUGUUUCUAAGUUUCCUGCAGGCAUAUUGUUCAUAAUUAAGCUGGAGUGGAAAAAUAGGAUUGCUCUGGGGCUUAAAACACAAUGUCUAUUUAAAAUAAACUAACUUUAUUUAUACUGGAUAGCUCUAUCAGUUUUAAACCGUAGGUCCAUGCAGUAAAGGUCAUCCCUAUCACUAUGUUUACUUACCUUGCAUUGAGCUAAGAAUUUUCGCCAUUCGGCUAAGAAUUUUCGCCAUUCGGCAUAAGAACUUUCACAUCUUACCUUGUACUUCUUUUGUCAUUGAGGUCUUUUUCCACGCUUUUCUUCCAAACACUCAUUUGCGAUCUUCGGACGUUUGCCAUCCUACAUCCUCAUGGCAACACCAAGCCAAGUCAGCCUCCCUUUUUUUGUUAAUACAGGAGCCAGAUUAUAGUCCAGCAGAUGAUGAAACAGAACCGUACGAAGAAGUCCAAAUCUCCCCAUCUUCUGUUUACGCUGAGCCAGACAGAAACCGACAAGACGAAGCAACAAAUGAUGGUGCCUACCAGAAAUUGUCAAAACGCGACUCCGAUUAUGACUAUGUGAUACCUGCAGAUGGCUUGCCUUCUUCUGUUUACGCUAAGCCUGACAGAAACCAACAAAACUACGAAACAACAAAUGACGGUGCCCACCAGAAAUUGUUAAAACGUGACUCAGAUUAUGUAAUACCUGCAGAUGGCUCGCCAUCUUCUGUUUACGCUGAGCUUGACAGAAACCGACAAGACGAAACAACAAAUGAUGGUGCCUACCAGAAAUUGUUAAAACGCGACUCCGAUUAUGACUAUGUGAUACCUGCAGAUGGCCCGCCUUCUUCUGUUUACGCUAAGCCUGACAGAAACCAACAAAACGAAACAACAAAUGAUGGUACCUGCCAGAAAUUGUUAAACCGCGACUCAGAUUAUGUAAUACCUGCAGAUGGCUCGCCAUCUUCCGUUUAUGCUGAGCUUGACAGAAACCGACAAGACGAAGCAACAAAUGAUGGUGAUUACCAGAAAUUGUUAAAACGCGACUCAGAUUAUGUAAUACCUGCUCAUGCUGAAGCAGAGUCAUCAUACGAAGAAGUUGGAAAGAUAAAAACAUCCCCUGGCUACACAGAGCUGGGCAACACGAAACGAGUACAGGAUGACAGCGCUGAUUACCAAAAAUUGAUAAAGAAAUGA